AUGGUAGGGCCGGCGAUAUCCACCAGCAAUGUGUCACCAGAAACCAGCGCUGUGCGAGAAAGCACCACUGGUCAUCGAGCAACCCGGCCUGCUGAAGACGUUGAUACUCGCUGGAGCGUAGCCGUGGCGGCGUCGUUCAUCGCUUUCUUCACUGUAGCCUCGUCAUCCAAUCUGGGGUUCUUCUUCGUAUACUUCCUGGAAGAGUUCCACACGACACGGGAAAAAGCAUCCUGGCCAGGCAGCGUCCUUCAAAUUAUGGGACACGUGUCUGGCAUACUUGUGGCACUUCUUCAGCCAUUCUUCUCGACCUUUCACAUUGCUUUCGCUGGAAGCAUGUUGCUUUGGUUGGGGCUUCUAGCGGCCGUGUUCGCUCCUAGCAUACCAUGGAUGACAGUCACAUUCGGAUUUCUACAUGGAGCGGGAAUGGGAAUUGUGAGUGUUGCAGUGAUUGUUGCCCUCAUGACUCACUUCGACAAGUACCGAGGAGUGGCUGCCGGCUUUAAGUACACGGGCAACACCAUGGCAACACUAUUAUUGCCGAAGUUUCUCUCGUGGCUGCAAGAGGUGUUUUCCUUCAGGGGAACACUGUUAAUCUAUGCGGCGCUGAUUAUGAAUGCAACGGCCUUCACUAUCUUUCUCAGAGAUCGCAAAAUAGUGACGAAUGAAAAGCGGAGGAGCCAGUCAAAUCAGGAGGAAUUUCUUAAAGGAGUCAAAGUGGGUGUCUCAGCAAAAAAUUCACCUGUGGUUGAUCAUAAUGGUAGAUGUUUAGUAAACUGGAAACCCAGAGGCGCUUGCGAAAAGAACCUUAAUGACACCGCAGAAACCUCGUCUCUGCGAGUUGACCACAAGGACUACUCGACUUGUCACUCACCAGGAAAAGCUGAAAAGCCCGAACAUGUGAAACCGGAGAUAAUUACUGCUUCAAAGUAUGAUAUAGUGGAAAUCCUUCAAGCGGGUGACGUGCACAGGACUUGUCACUCCGCCCAAGAACAUGGAAUUGUGGUUGCAAAACACGAGCAGGAUUUCAGCAACGAAGGCGCGCUACCGGAUUUAAUAACCAAGGCUGAAGAAAAGAAAAAGGGCUGCGGCAAGUGGCUAAGACGACCAAGUGGUAAUAAAGAAAAGCAGUCCAAGCGUAUUUUAACCGAGAAGAACGUUUCUCGAAAACAAAAGCAUGACGUAAACACUGGUACUGCUUAUGAAGAAACAACUGCAGAUCGGCGAUUGCCAGAUCCAUCGCACCAACCUCGUAUUUGCCAUAGUGGUACUUUAGAGGUACUUUCGAAACCCACCUUCUAUGUGCUCGUCCUUGGAGCCGUGGCCGCUGACUACACGGUUCUCGUGGUGCAUGGCACUGUUAUCGACUACGCUUUGGACAAAGGCGUUGAACGGAAGAGUGCGGAACUGUCGAUGACCUAUUGUGCAGGGACCGAAUUUAUAGGACGUUUGCUUCUUCCCUUAGUGGCUGACUUCCGAUUUGUCGGACGCACCAAUCUGGUCGCACUCUGCUUCGUCGCAAUGGCGGUCAUGUCAUUGGCACUGCCCUUUACUGCAUCCUUCUUGAGCUACAUCAGCGUGCAGGUGACAGCGGCACUUUUCCUGGCGUGCGUCACAACCUUCAAGGGAGUUCUUGUGGCUGACAACUUUGGCGCCAAAGCAGUGCCCACAUUCUGGGGAGCCAAUGGUCUUGCCUUGAUUCCACUCCUUUCAGGAAAUCCAUUCAUAACAGGGCUUUUCCGGGACACGAUGGGAUCGUACGACAACCUUCUGAGACUACUUGGUGGCAUCCAGCUGUUCACGGCCGCUGCGUUUUUCACACUCGCAUACGUACAAAAAAGACGAAGUAAAAUGAGUUCGUAGUACAAGUUAUAUAGAGACG